AUGCGGGACGGCCAAUAUGGCAAGCACCGCAGAGGCCGCUUGGUGAAGAAGGCACCGAAGAUCGGUGCCGAUGGCCUCCGAGCCAGCCGGCCUGGGGAGCACACGACAAAGGAGGUUGCGGCCAGGACUGGCUGGGCCCAGCACCUUGUGCCGGGUGAAACCGUGGAGCUCUCCCAGUUCCAGUGGAGGCGGCCGCAGCGGCUGAGGCGCUUACAGCUGAGCGACGAGGCCCAGUUGGCAAUUCGACAGCUCCUGGUGGAGAGGCGCCUAGAAACGGCGCAGGAGGGGGAGCACUGCGAGUGGUUUACCUCGCAUGUGCCCACAGCACCGGUGUCGGGGACCUGGUUUCAUGUCCUCGCAUAUCCGCUUCUCGGAGAUGUCACGAAGGUGCUUCUACGACCUGUGAUGAAAUGCUGGACCGCUGCGCAGCGGGAAAGCGUUGCACGAGCGUCACGGUGGCUUGGCGAGACCUUGAUCUCCCAGUGCGCAAAAGCUGGUCAGUGGGAGCUGGUUGAGGUGCUCGUCGAAAAUGGCGUGCCCCUGCCAGAUCUCAGCCGCGAGUUUAGCCAGGUUUGUGGCCCAUCGGUGCCCUGUCAAAGGCAAUGGCACAAAGACUGGCGGCAGGCACUAGGCGCGCAGGGCCCAACACCAAUACUCGAGCUAGCAGCAGCCAGCAAGGAUGGACCCAGAGUUCUGGAGGGUCUGUUGCAGCGAGCAUCAGGCCAGCAUACUCACAAAGGCUUCGCGGGCCCUCUCCGCCUGCCGGACUUGCUGGGAGGCCUUGGAGGGCGCCCUCAGCCGCUGCUCCUCCGCGCUGCCGAGGCGAAGCGCUGGAACGUGGUGCACGUUCUCCUGACGAGCUCAGUGCCCGUGGCUGCCGCGACGCUGCUGUCUUCGCCGCAUGCGGCGACUUGUCCGACGGCCCUGGUUCACCUUGCCGAAGAGAGGGCUCUGGAGGAGACUUCCCCUCUAUCUACUGCGACUGGCAGUCCAGAGGAAGAUCAGCUUGCCCUCUUCUUCCGGCGUCGGCAUGCGAGUGUAGUUCUUCUGGACGAGGAGGUGCCGGGAUACAAGUCGCUGCCAGCUGAAGGCUCAGGUGGCAUUUACUUGGAGAAGGAAGAUAGACGAAUCCGUGUAUGGCAUGAACUGCUGCACAUUGGGAUGUCAGGAGGGCAGAGCCAGUCCUCUGAAGUGGCCUUCGUGAAGCUGCAAGACGUUGAGUGGGACGAGCUCCUUUCAAUCGAGAAGGCAGCUCUGUCGCUCAGCCUCGCCAGCCGGACGGCAGCCAAGACGCCAGAUGCCAAGGUGGGCGCCUGCUGGCUGGCAGUGUUGUGCCCCGCGAGCUACCUUCAGGCUUCGAAAGAGGGUCUUCUGCUGGUGCCACCUCAACGGAUCCCCACCCCCUGCUGCGUGCAGAGCGUCAAGCUGUGUGUUAGCACCCAGUCUGCAUGCUGCAAAGAGCCAAUGAAGGAUGUGCCAGUCUACCUGGAUGGGCAGUGCAUCGGCAGGAGUGACGAAGGGGGACUGGUCGAAGUCUUCGCCAAGCCCGGUCGUCGCACGCUCCAGUCGCCGAGUGCCGGGGCUGAAGCAAUGGAGGUCACGCUUACAAGUGAAGGUAAAGAAUGCAGACACGUGCUGCUUUGCGCAGGGAGUGUCUACUUGUUUCUGCAGGCUGGAGACUCAAGUUCAGAAUGGAAGUUGAAGAUGACCACCGAUCUGAAGCAGAUCCCGGAGGAUGCCUCGGACUUUCGGGGCAAGGUCUGCUUCGACGAUGAUCAUCCCUUCCAGGUCAUCCGAUCCUGCUUCCAUCCGCUCAUCGUGCCUGGCGGAGAGCCAUGUCCCGCACUGUUUCACUCCUUGCGUCCAGAGGCGCUCAGCGGCGCGAGGUUCGAGUUCAGUGAGGAGGGGCAAAAGCGGCUCGCGGGUGACAAGUGCAAGGUCAGCGACCUCAUCGGCGCAGUUGUGACUCUGGGGACAUUCUUCGACACCGUCGACACGUUGGCGAAAGGUGUGCAGCCGCGAUCGAGAAAGAUGGCCGACUUCGCCUUCGCACCGCGGCGACGUGGCCUCGGGCAGCGAGCCUGA